AUGGGAAAUCAACUUUCAGCCUACGAAGAGACACCUCACGAAAUUGAUCUAGGUUCCAAGGGCCGGAUCAAAGGUGUGCAAUAUGACAACAAGGCCCGACGAUACGCAGGCGUUCCGUACGCUCUCCCGCCAGUUGGCGCGCAUCGCUGGAGAAAGCCUCGCGCAUUGCCCGCCACGUACACGUACACCCAAGAAGAUCAAAGUCCCUUUGAUGCGUCCAAAUUUCGUCCAAUCUGCCCCCAAGGAACGUUCUCAAGUAGCGCAGAAAAGGGUCAUGGCUCUGAGGCAUACAGCGAAGACUGUCUGAUUGUCAAUAUCUGGACGCCAAUUGAAGAACCUAGGGAGGAGGGCAAAAAGUGGCCUGUUGUGCUCUGGCUUCAUGGCGGUUGGUUCCAGCUUGGCGAGCCGCUCCAAGAACUCGGCAUGGAUCCAACCGAGAUGAUUUCCACUGGCGGUCUCAACGCAAUUGUGAUCGGUAUAGGAUAUCGCCUGAAUAUUUUCGGUUUCCUAGGCGGCGAAGCUUUGCUUGAAGACAGCAAUGGCGAAAGUGCCGGUAAUUUCGGUCUUUGGGAUCAACGGCUCGCCAUGGAGUGGGUGCAUGAACAUAUUGCGGCCUUCAAUGGUGAUAUCAACAAUAUCACAUUCGGUGGACGGAGCGCAGGUUCAUAUGGAGCGCAUGCACAAGUGUUGCACGAUUUCCGACGUGGAACACAACUCUUCCAUCGAUUCUACAUGUAUUCAAAUGCAAUUCCUGCACAACCUAAAGCCAUUACCGACGUUAACGGCCAGUUUGACGAGCUGUGUAGUCAGUUUGAAGUUGCGGCUGAUCUCUCUGGGCCGGAGAAAGUUGACGCGUUGCGAAAAGUCAGCUAUCGAGAUUUGAUCGACGCCAUAUCACACCUCAAGAAUCACACUUUCCGCCCUAUCACCGAUGGUUUGUUUAUAUUCCCUGGAUUUACCGAAUAUCAUCAUAGUGGGGCAUUCGCAGAAGAAUUCAAGAAACGCAAGCUUCGAAUCCUAAUUGGAGAGGUACUCAAUGAGGAGACUCUGUAUGCCACUUACAACACUCCCGAGCCCAAUCUCGACUCUUUGCGGAUGCAAGUAUCAAAUUACUAUGCACCUGAGACAACCGAACGUGUACUCAAGUCCUAUCAACUACCUUCUAGCUCAGCCCCGUCUGAAUGGAAGACACUGUACGGCAACAUCAUUGCAGAUGGUCAGGUACGAGCGCCAUCUAGGUGGUUGAUCCACAGCCUCAGCUCUCAUGGUGUUCUACUUCGCGAUAUCUGGCGCUACCGCAUUGCGUACCGUCUGUCUUUUAUCACAGACAAAAUAGCUCCGCUCUCCUGGGGCGUUUCUCAUGCUAUGGAUAAGCCGUUCUGGAAUUUCGCUAUUUUACAUGGACCAAAUUAUGCCGAAAGAGCCCUUAUGCAAGAUUGGAUCAAAGUUUUGGUUGCUUUCGUGCACGACGACCAAGAGUAUGACUUUGGCACAAAGUCAAUUGAUGAAAUGAAAGUCGCGACACCAGAAGGAAUUAUCGAGAUCCAAAAGGACGUCCGUUGGGACGGUCUCGUAAAGCUUGGUGAAGUCUUUGCCGAUGAACAUGUCUAG